GCCCGAAAAGUGGUUUGCCAACCGCCUAUUAAAAGAGAAAGCGUCUGCGUUCCGUUUCACCUGCCCGGAUCGAACGUGUUUGUUAACGCUGUCGUUUAACGAUUAUGCUUACUGGGUUCCUCGCCAGCGUUAGAAAUGUCUGAGAUUGUGGCAGACAACUCUGUAAUUGGCAACAUCCAGGAAGAUGUUGCUCCGGGAUCCCCGUGCGGCGAAGGCUACCUGUUUGUGGAAGCCCGGCACCCCAACACGGUCCUGCAGGGUCUCAACGCCCUGCGGCUCAAAAACUCUUUCUGCGAUGUCACGCUGUGCUGCGGGGGACAGGAGUUCCCCUGUCACCGCAUCGUGCUGGCCUCCUUCAGCUCUUACUUUGAGACAAUGUUUAGCACUGCCCUGAAGGAGUCCAAACAGGAGCGGGUGGCAAUCAAUGGAGUAGAGCCGCAGAUGGUCGGCAUGCUGGUGAGCUAUGCCUAUACGUCUGAGGUCUACAUUUCCAAAGCAAAUGUCCAGGCGCUGUUGGCAGCAGCCAACAUGCUGGACGUGAUGGCCGUGAGAGAGGCCUGCUGCAGCUUCAUGGAGCAUCAGAUGGACGAGAUCAACUGCGUGGGGAUCCACUGCUUUGCCGAGGCCCACUCCUGUAAACUGCUGGAGAAACGAAGCAUGGACUACAUUCUCAGUCACUUUAGCGGCGUUUGCCAACAGGAGGAGUUCUUGACCUUGUGUGUGGACAAACUAACUGAAAUCCUCGCCAGCGACCACCUCAACGUGUCCAGAGAGGAAUUGGUGUUCGAGGCCGCCAUGCUGUGGCAAAAUAAAUGUCAGACUCGCAAGCAGAGCUUUGACAAGGUCUUGGAGCACGUCCGCCUGCCCCUCAUAAGUCCCUACUAUCUGCAUGAUGUGAUUGAAUCUCUGGAAGUGGUGAAGGAGAACCGCAGAUGCCAGAGGCUCAUCUCAGAAGCCAAAGACUACCUGCUGCUGAAGGACCGCCGAAGGGAGCUCUUCUGCUCCCGGGUACGGCCGCGCCGAUCCACAGGGACAUCGGAAGUAAUCAUAACAGUUGGCGGCGAGGAUGACAAAGUGGUGCUGCGCAGCGUGGAGAGCUUCGAUCCCCUGACGAAUAAGUGGAGGGACCAUGCCUGCCUGCCCUUCGCUGUGAGCAAGCACGGGCUGGUGGUGUCAGACUCCGCCCUUUAUUUAGCCGGAGGGGAGUUUCCAGACGGCUCGGCCAGCAGGGAGAUGUGGCGCUACGACUCGUGCUCCGACACCUGGAUGGAAAUGGCUCCCAUGAACACGUCUCGCUCAGAACUCGGCCUUGUGAUGCUGGAUGGUUUUGUGUAUGCUGUGGGCGGCUGGGAAGGUCACUUUCGUCUGGCCUCCGUGGAGUGCUACAACCCUCACACCAAUUGCUGGCAGUUUGUGGGCUGCGUCAAGAUGGCAGUCACAAGUCCUGCUGUCGUGGCGCUGGACGGUCUUCUCUAUGUUACAGGCGGAGCCGUUUUGGAAGACGGCGACGGCUCCGAUCUCACACAAGUGUACAACCCGAAAACUGCUAUGUGGACGGAGGUUUCUCGGAUGCAGAUUAGUCGUUCGGGUUCUGCGGCUUGUACGCUGAAUGGAAAGAUUUACGUCAUAGGUGGGUGGCACGCCUCCAAGGAAAACACAGACAAGGUAGAGUGCUACGACCCCAAGACAGACCAGUGGACCAUGUGCGCUCCCAUGAAAGAACGACGCUACCGGCCCGGUGUCGCUGUGGUGGAUGGAAAGAUCUUCGUCCUGGGAGGGGAGGAAGGAUGGGACCGAUAUCACGACACUAUCGAGCGAUACUGCGACAAGACGGACACAUGGGAGAUUGUCGGCGAGAUGCCCACCAGUCGAAGCUGGCUCAGCUGCGUGUCGCUUCUGCUGAGGAAAGACGGUGUGUCGCACUACUUCCCCGCUUUGCCAAACAGCUAAGUGACGAUGCCCGUGAGUCUCCUUUCGCUACAGGGGACACGGCACGAUGGUCCUUGUAGCUGUGUUUUUGGAUUAUUUAUUUGAACUACGUCAAACUGUGAGAAGGACAUGCUGACAAUUGUUCUAUCAGCAAUAUGCUGUAUGGGCAAACAAAUCCAACUGUGAAUAUUUUUAAGAUAUUAUUUUCAGGUACUCUGACAAAUGUAAGGUGUGCUUUCUAUUGCAAAUGUUUUUUUUUUUCAGGAUUAUAUUAACUUCAUGUUGACUAUUUUUGUAAUUGUGUCAGUAAAUAGAAUCAAAAGUGACUAAUAAAAUGUUAUUUUAAAACA